AUGUUGUUUGCAAGCAGACGUAGUUUGUGGCAGCAGACGUAUUGUCGCAGCAACGUGUUGUCGCAGCAGCGUGUUGUUUGCAGCGGACAGGUUGUUGCCAGUCGUGACUGUGUUGUCGCAGCAAUGUGUUGUCGCAGUCUAGACGUGUUGUCGCAGCAGACGUGUUGUUGCUGCAGACAGUGUUGUCGCAGCAGACGUUUGUCGCAGGCAGACGCUGUUUUCCGCAGCAGACGUGUUGUCAGGCAGGCGUGCUACGUGUUGAUCACAGCAGGCGUGUUGCAGCAGACGUCAGUGUUGUUGCAGCAGGACAUGUUGUUUCAGACGUGUGUUUGCAGCAACGUGUUUGUUGCAGCAAACAUGUUGUUGCAGCAGACGUGUUGUUUGCAGCAGACUAUUGUCGCAGCAGACCGUGUUGUCCGCAGCAGGCGUGUUGUUGCAGCGGACGUAGUUGUUGCAGUGAAACCCGUGUUUUCGCCGGCAGCAGACGUGGUUUCGCAGCAUACCGGGUUGGUUGCACGCAGACGUGUUUUGUGGCUGCAGACUGUUGUCCGCAGCAGGGCGUUGUUGUUGUUUGCAGACGUAUUGUGGCAGCAGGCGUGUUGUGAGCAAGGCGAGUUGUGCAGCAGGCGUGUUGUUGCAGGCAGCCGUGCAGACGUGUUCGGGUUGCAGUACGGUGUGUGGCAGCAGAUGUGGGUGGUUGCAGACGUUUUUGCAAGCAGAUGUGUUUUUUGCAGACGUGUUGUUCGCAGCAGACGGUGUUUGUGCAGCAGACUGUUUGUUGAAAGCAGACGUGUUUUGUUGCAGCAGACGUGUAGGUUGCAGCAGACGUGGGUGUCGCAGCAAACGUGUUGGUUGCAGACGUGUUGUUUGGACUACGGUUUGUCGCAGCAGACGUGUUUUUCCGCAGCAGACGUGUUUGUCCGCAGCAAGACUGGUGUUGUUGCAGCAGAUGGGUUGUUGCAACGGUUGUUUGCAGCAGAUGUGUUGUGGCACAGACGUGUGUUGCAAGCAGACGUGUUUUUUGCGCAGCAGACGUGUUGUUAUGCAGCAGACGUGUUGUUAGCAGAGACUGUUGGUUGCAGCAGAUGCAGAUGUGUUUUUGCAGACGUGUUUGUUGCAGCAGACUGUGUUGUUGCAGCAGACGUGUUGAUGCAUGCAGACGUGUUGUUGCAGCAGACGUGUUUUGUUGCACGCAGACGGGUGUUGCAGGCAGACGUGUUGUUGCAGCAGACGUGUUGUCGCAAGCAGGACGGUUGUUGCAGACGUGGUGUUGCAGCAGACUGUUUUUCGCAGCAGUCGGUGUUGUCGCAGCAACAUGUGUUGCUGCAGAGCGUGUUGUCGAAGCAGACGUGUUUGUUGCUGCCUGCCUUGUUUGUCGCAGCAGGCGUGUUGUUGCUGCAGACGUGUUGUUUGCAGCUGGCUGUUUGUUGGAGCAGCGUGUUGCAGCAGGCCGUGUUGUCGCAGCGGUGUGUGUGUCGGCAACAUACCGUGUUGUUGCAGCAGCGUGUUGUCCGCAGCAGACUGCGAUGUUGCUGCAGCGUGCUGUUGGCAGCAGCGUUUGUUGCUCUGCAGACGUACGUGGUUGUUACAGACGUUGUUGUUGCAGACUUUGUUGCAGCAGGCGUGUUUGUGGCAGCAGACGUUUUUGUCGCAGCAGGCGUGUGGUUGCAGCAGGCGUGUUGGUUGCAGCAGGCGUGUUGUUGCAAGCAGCGUGUUGUUGCAGCCAGCGUGUUGUCGCGGCAGACGUUUUUACAGACUGUUGUUGCAGACAUUUGUUUGCUGACGUUGUAG